AUGACAACACAAGGACACAAAUACAAGGACCCACAACUGAUACGGUCCGAUCAAGAUAGGACGUCGACUAGCCGCGUCUUUUGCCAUCUAGCUAUCGGCCUCGAGGAGGUGGAAUGUUCCUUCCUAUCAGGUGCUCUGACUACGUCGCAAGCAGGAGGCAGGCGCGCCGACAUGGCGCAGUGA